AUGAAAAUUUGGACGUACCCAAUAAGGCCGGAUAAAGAUGGAAAUGGAAAAAAGGAUAUCACGAUGAGAAAUGACGGAGGAAAGAAUAUUGUCGUCAAGAUUGAUCUGGAUGCAACACAAACAGAGAGUGGUUGGAUCGUACACACGAGCUCAGAGCCAAUCAAGCCCAAAGAGGAGAGGCAAAUCAGCGUGGAGUGUUCGAAUUUGAACGGGGAGAAAGGACGGCAAAAAGCCACGUUUAAAAUGACAGCUCAAGAUGUUUCCUCAUCAAUUGUUUCGGAACCUCACAUGCUAACCCUCAUCGUUAAUAACGCAGACCGACCACUCGAGCGCAAGCGCAAGCAGAGCACGUCUCAUGCAGCUCCUGCUGGUCCUUCCAACUCUUCUCGUUUUAUGCCAGAAAGUAGCUUUCAACUGCCGGAGUCGUCAAUGAAGACUAGCCAGUCACUUUUCUCAACGGGGCUUGCUCCAGCCGCUGCCAACACCACCUCCAGCGAGUACUUCCUUGACGGCUCAUCCAGUUUCCCAGUCCCCAGUCCCGUGCUCUCCACCGAUGGCUUGGAUUUGAUCGAAGAGCUCAAUACAUUCGCACCAGCACCAGCCAGCACCAGCGGCCAGAAUCCUUUCCAGCAGUUCUUGCUCACGGACCUCACUCAGCCCCUCCCGGAACUCGGAAAGAAUUUGGAGCUUGAUCCGCUGAUCGACGAGGGCGAGCCCAAGCCCAAGCCCAAGAAGUCCAAGGAACAA